AUGCGGUCAAUUCCAGAAAUCCAGGAGGAAGGCAGAAUCAGCGGACUUGUCCUUUGCGGGACAGAAUGGUAAGUUUGUGGGGCCCCAUCCUAUUCUUUGCCCCACCUCCUUCUCCCCAGAACGAUUCCCGUAGGUUCAUUAUCACAUGGUGCUGAUAAUGCCAAGGUUGCAGGCUUGCACAGCUGCACUGCCCGCAGAAUCCUUUAGUCUAUCUUCCCUAAAUUGGGGGGGGGGCCCUGAAGUGGUGACUCACCCCUCCCCACGGUGGCGAUUCCAGGGUCCCCUCUUAAAGGGGUUUGUAUAAGGGAGUUACACUGAAAAGUUGUCAGUGAACUCCCCUGCGUUGCAGGGAUAUGGGGGUGGGCUGCCAGCGUACACAAACACCUUGUUGUGCAUCCUCCCCUAUCCCAUUCACCCUGAGGAGCCCCUGUUCCCCCCGGCUGGGGGGCUGGGAGGGAGACACGCCCAAUGCCUAAGCCAAGGUCUUCCUACAUGUGAAAGGUUUAAUAAAUCUGUGGCCAAUUUUUUAUUCCAGAACACGUUGUCACGAGUCAUCUUUCCUUCUGGUGGGUCUCUCGGGGCUGGGGGGCGGGUCUCCGCCUGGGCACACAAUGAGCGCUCACACCUUCCUUUGGGGGCACCCUUUGAGGGACCGCGCACAGCACCUCUGUCCACUUGGGACCCAUCAGCUGGCUGGGCUGGCCUGCCUCCCUGUGCUAGUCAUUGGAGGUUCCUGCCAAACCUCAGUUAACCAAUCAGCCCUGCAGGGAGGCGGGGCCAGACUGCUUAAAUAGGAGGCGGAGCUGGCAGCAACCAUGUGAUUGGCUCCAGAGCUUCACCCACCCAAUCCUCCCUUUCUCUAAUGCUCCUUUCAUUCUAGCUGUUUCAGAUCAUAACCGUAGAUACUUCCCUCUUCCUCCAUGAAUAGGGGUGACCCCUAUUGGCAAUUCUUUAUUAGGCUAAAUGUAUUUCUGUUCUGCGUCACCUCUUCUAGGCUCAGGCGAAUGAGAAGCUUCCUUCAGGUCAAAAGGAGCAAUAAAGUGGCCCCGCUGCACCACAAGGAGCCUCCUGUGACUCCAGGUGAGGAAGUACCUCCCCCCACAGACACCAUUUUUGGAAGGGCAGGGCAGGAAUAGGCUAGGGGGGCAGCUCAGGGUAUAGGAUUUGUGGGGGAGGGCAGGCUAGUAAGAAAAAAAGUCGAAAAAGCCAGACUGCUGGAUCUGGCAGGAGGCCGAGGCAGCUGAUAGGACAGGGCUAGGGGACAGUGGUCAGCUAGAGGGCCACAUUCUCUUGUGAGCUGCAUUCGGGGGGCUGCAGGCCAAGAUUGGCCCCCAAGGCCUGGGGUUUGCCACCCCUGUAGGAGGAGUGUAGAAGCAGGGGAAUCAAGGAGAAGAUUCUUGGAACAAUCUUGGAAGCUGCAAAAGGACGAACUAACCUGUCCCCAUGUCCUUCUCUUGUUGCAGUGGUGACAAAACUCUUCAUGACUGUUCCGAAGCCUGAGGUUAGUACUGGGGGAAACAAAAGAGAAGGGAGUGGAUCUCCCAGACCCUCUGCCUGCUGACUGUGGUCUUUGCCCCCAAUUCUGCAGGUGGCAUGGGUUCUUGGGGUGUCAGGAUGAUGCCAGAGGCAUGUCCUGCCCUCUUCCCUGGUGCUGCCCUUCCACCUCUGCCCAGGAGGCUGCAGGGCCCAUGGAGGUCCUCUGGGGCAAGGGAUGGGGCCCAAGCCUGAGGGAGGCCACUCUUUCCUGGCUUGGGCCUGCUUGUGGGCUCCCUUGCACCUGUCAAUGGUGGGUUUUGUAGUUUCACCAAAGGCGUCUCAUCCAGCUUUCUCUUUCCUCUGCAGAAGGCAAUGGCCCGACACCGGUCCCGUGUUCGGCCAGCACCUAAGGAAGGUAAACGAAUCUCCACACCUUGGGGACUUUUCACUUAGUAGCCUUAUGGUUCGUGCCCAAGAAAGACCUCCCAGGCCUCCUUGCUGUGCCUUGCAGGCCUUUUUCACUUCGCCUCAGUAGGCAGGGCCCUGACUGACUCCAGCUACAAAAGCUGAGGUGGUUGGACCCUUGGGUUUGGGUAUUGUUUGGCAGGCGUUGUUGAGAGAGGCUGUUAAUUCAAUUUCUCUUUUUCAUUCUCUUCCAGCGGACAUCAUUGUCGAAGAUCUUGAAUGAGCUUCAGGGAACUUCUGGCAGAGCCGUGGCCAUUGAAAGAAGCGCGAGAUAGCCCUCCAUGGAAUCUCAAGCAACGCGGGGGCUUUUUAGAGGUUCAGCGAAGGCUACGCAGACCUCAGAUGCUCAAGAGGUUAUCUUGGGGGAUUUGGCACCCGGCGGUGCCCGGUCCUGCUCUCCUGCUCUUCAGGGCGCAGGAAGGGAGUCCGUCCCGGCAGCUGGGAGAAGAUGGCAUAUGGCGGAAGGUUGCAGGAGGAGCAAGGAAUUACUUUGUGAGGAGGAAGACACCGGAAAGCCCAUUCCUUACUGCUUUUGGAGUACGUGGCGUUUUCUUGAGGCUUCCAGUGGACUAAGCCGAUAAGCGGACUUUGUUGGGGGAUUUUAAGACAGUGCUGGAGGAGGAGAUUUUGGCGCUGGGACUUAUAAAAUUCACCCCCUUGCCAGCAUUGUUUCGUGAGGAGGAAGACAUUGGAAACCCUGUUCGCUAUUGUUGCUGGAGUUUGUGGCGCUUUUCAGAGGUCACCAGUGGAUUAAGCCGACAAGCGGCGGAAAAAGAAGAAUGCAAAUUGGAUUACAAAUACCUUCCUUUUAAUGUUUUAAUGUAUUUAUAUCUUGUUUUUUCAGUUGUAUUCAUUUAACUUGUUUUUAUUAUUGGCUGUUCGCCGCCCUGAGCCCGGCCUUGACUGGGGAGGGUGGGGUAUAAAUAAAAAUUAUUUAUUAUUAUUAUUAUUAUUAUUAUUAUUAUUCCUCAUAUACAGUAGUUUGGUUUUUCUGCUCUUUGUUUCCUGUGGGCUUUCUUUGGACACGAUGGUGCAAUAGACAAAGAAGACGAAAGUAACUGUACUGAAGGAAAGGUCAUUUCUGUGUUUGCUGCCAUCGUGUGGGACGGGAGGGAAUUUGACCUAAUAAUAGAAAGCUUGGACUUACGACCCCUGGAGGUUGUCAAAAAAUUACACAGGACAAUUUGAGACCCAAACAGUAUUCUGGGGCAAAAUAAACAUCAUGUCUGGGAAAAAGGGAAUAGGCACACCAGGGGAAAGACAUCCCUCUAGGCAGGAGAAUGGGGAGGAGGGGAAGGAGAUCAGAGACUAUGAAAGUUUAAUGGUGGAAAUAAGGAAAGAAUUUAAACAGAAUGAACAACAUAUGGAGAACAAAUUAUUGGAGGUACAGGAAACAUUAGAUAAAAAACUAGAAGCAGUCGGGGGGUGGAAUUGUCAGGCAAAGUAAAAGACCUUACAGUUAGAUCCAAGGCUGUGGAAGACUCAAUGAAACACACACAGAAAGAAUUGAAGGAGACAAAGAGACAGAACGGGUUAGAGGAGAGGUCAUAGAAAUUAAUAAAACGCAAGAAGAGAUGGAGCCAAAAUAAUAAAAGAAUUAGCGAUUUGGAUGGACCUAAAAGAAGAAGAUAUAAGAUUUACAAUUGUAAAUGUUUUUAGAAUAAAAGUAAAAUCCGCAAAAGCAAAGGUGAAAUAACCAGGAGAUGUCCUGGUUAUGUUUAAUUCAAUGGAUAUAAGGAAUGAAAUUUUGAGACUGAAUUAUAACAAAAAUUUAUGUAUUGAAGGUAAGACAAUUAUCAUAUUUAAAGAGAUUCCAUCUAGAUUCCUUUGAAAAAGAGACAUUUAUAAACAACUAGUUGGCCUGUUGAAGAAAAAUGGGAUCCAGCACAGAUGGGAGAUUCCGGAGGGAAUCUCCUUUUAUUACAAAGACAAAAGAUUCAAAUUAUGUAGUCUUCAGGACUUAGAGAAGUUCUCCAGAAGAUAUGACAAUGAACUAGGGAAGAUAGAGAAGGCCAGACCAGGACGAGACCAGGAGGAGGAAGAAAAGAAGAAAGAGGAAGAGGAACAAGAGGAGGAAGAAGAAAAAGAGGAAGAGGAUAAUAAUUAGGACCCCUAAAUUUAAGCGAGACUUAUAUUAAUUGGACAAUGGCCUUGAAAUUAUUGUCAUGGAACGUGAAUGGACUUAAGACUGGAGAAAAUUUCUUGAAAGGUAUUAGCAGACACUAUAUAUUCAGAAUAAAAAGCAAAAUUGAUUAUUAAUAAUAACUUGUCUGACAAUUUUGAGAUCUCUAAGGGCACUAGACGGGGUGUCCUUUGUCACCCUUGUUUAUUACGGUUUUGGAGGUAUUGAAUAAGAACUUGAGAGACGUGUCAGAAAUGAGAGGUAUAAAGGAGGAACAAAGGAGUACAAAAUGAAAGCUUUCGCAGAUGAUCUAGUUUUAACCCUGGAAGAUCCAAAAAAAUAGUAUUAAAGUGGCUUUAAAGAAUAUGGAAGAUUUUGGAAAGGUAUCUGGGUUUAAACUUAAUAAAACUAAAACAAAAAUGUUAGUAAAGAAUAUGAUCAAAGAAGAAAUAAAAGAACUACAAACAUCCUCAGGUAUUAUGGUGGCCAAAAAAAGUGAAAUAUCUGGGAAUCUGGUUGACAUCAAAAAAUAUUAAUUUGUUUAAAGAUAAUUAUGAGAAUACAUGGAAGGAAAUUAAGAAAGAUCUAUAUAAAUGGAGUAGAUUGAAACUGUCAUUCCUGGGUAGAAUAUCAGUGAUAAAGAUGAAUAUCUUACCUAGAAUGUUAUUCCUAUUCCAAACAAUUCCGGUAAUUGAAGAGACAGGACAACUCAGAGAUUGGCAAAAAUCAUUAUUGAAAUUCGUCUGGCAAGGGGAAAAGCCGAGGAUUAAAUUGAAAAUAUUAAUAGACAAAAAAGAAAGAGGCGGUUUCGCCUUGCCAGAUAUGAAUUUAUAUUAAGAGGCGUCCUGCCUAGUAUGGCUGAAGGAAUGGAUGACAUUAGAAAACACUGAGACUUGUAUAACGAGAAGAAUACAAUAUGCCUUUCCUCUCUCUUGCUGAGGUGAACCAGCUACACACACACAGAGGCAGAUGCCACAUUUGAUUAUACAUAUGGCAUGGCAAAUUUUCCUGUCUCGGAAGCUGCAGCACUGCUGAUAGAACAUGAACAGAUCUUCCUCCCGGCACCUUUCUGAUAAGAGGCCUCGCUAUGAAAUGGCCAACUAUUUUCCAUCCAUCACAAUCAAAAACCUUUUAAUUAGAAGGAUGCAAGUUCAGCUGCCAUCCUGCCUUCUCUCAUUUAUCUUCCAUCACCAUCACCACGCCUUUCAGGAUACAAAUCCUUCCAAGGUUGGUUACAAGAAAUUAAUAAAAUCACAACGCCCCCCCCCAAAAAACCCCAUUACAACUCAUUAGGACUGGACUACUGCCAUGCAGUCUAUAUGGGGCUUCCCUUGUGCUUGAUCCAGAAGUGGAAAUUAGUGCAGAAUGCGAGACCAGGGAUGGAUCUACACACAGGAAAACCCCCACUAUAGAUAAGAAAUUAAAUCGUAAGAAAAGAAAAAAUCGCUAUGUACAAAUUGCAUAGAAAAUUGAUUUGCUCUCCAGUGCCAUCUGAUGCCAUUGCAUGUUUAUAACACAUUCAAAAUGUACAGAGCCAUGUCACGGAUUGGUUACAAUACCAUCAGUUACAUAAAAUGUUUAAAUUAGAUAGGAAAAAAUGGUUUUCUGGACCAAAGCUCACAAUUCAAAAGAACUAUUACAAAAACAAAGAGAAACUUUUCUCCAAAAUGUAGAAUCUGUUAUUAGAUUGGGAAACAAAAGAUGAGUUUGUUAAAGCCUCAAUGACACACUGGGCAAUAGAUAUAGGUCACAAUAUCGAUUUUUAACCUCUGGGAAAAACUCUGGAAAAGUGAUUUGAAGUUAAUAGCAUGCUAUUCUUUGAAGGAGAACUACAUGAAAAUAAUGUACAGAUGGUAUUUAACUCCGAGUAGGCUUGCUAAGAUGUAUAAGUCUGAAUUAGAUCAGUGGUGGAGAUGCAAAAAGGUUGAGGGAACAUUCUUUCAUAUGUGGUUGACUUGUAAAGGUGUAAGAGAAUAUUGGGAAAUGAUACAUAAUGAACUGAAAAAAAUGUUCAAAAGUACUUUCCCCAAAAAAGAGAGUCCUUUCUGUUGGGGAGAAUUCAGACUGAAAUUCCCAGGUGUCAAAAGAGGUUAUUUAUGUAUGCCACUACUGUGGCGCGUGUUUUUUUAGCCCCAAAAUGGAAAACGAGUGAGGUCCCAACCAAAGAAGAAUGGCAACUUAAGUUAACAGAAUAUGCGCAGCUUGCAGACUUAACGUAAGAGAACAAGAAGAACAUACGUUUAGAGAUUGGAAAACGUUUAUGGAAUAUAUGGGAAAUAACUGUGCACAACUGAAAACGCUGGCAGGAUUAAGAUAAAUUCAACAGUGUAAAUAGGUUUUGAUGGAUGCAAUAAUAAAAUACUGAAUGGUUUAGUUUAUGUAAAAUAUGCAAGGAUUUAUGUUAUGUAAAAUGAACCAUGGAAAGAAAAGAAGGGAAGUCAUUGCUAUUUUAAGGUUGUUUAAAUGAAUAUUCUAAAUUGCAAAACAGAAAAUUUAAUGACUAUUAUAUAUGUUCAAUGCAGGAUUGGUGGUUUGCUGUUUGUUUGUUUGUUUGUGUUGUUGUUUGUAGUACAAAUGUGUUUGUAGUGUGCACAGGGCAGAUAGAUGCCAGGAAUGAGGUGUGCACCUUCGAUGAGGUACCAAAUUAAAGACAUGCUUUUGAAGGGUGAACAAUGUAUGUUGACAAGGCCUUGCUCCUGUCAGCACUCACGCUGCAGCAUCCUGCACUAACUGCAGCUUCCAAGCACAAGGGAAGCCCCACGUACAGUGCAUGGCAGCAAUCCAGUCUUGAAGCAAUCAGGGCAUGAACUAUGGUAGCCAGGCUCUCUCAGUCCUGGAAUGGCAGGAGCUGGUACCUCCUUUCUCUCCAAGCCCUGAAUGCUCUUGGCUGCCUCUCUGCAGCUGUUAUGAAGUCCUACAGUUCAUUCAACUGCAGAAAGAGGGAAGGAAUUGGUAGGGAUGUGCCGGCAAUUCUCUAUUAGGCUAAACCUAUUUCUGUUCUGCAUCACCUCUUCUAGGCUCAGGAGACUGAGAACCUUCAUGAGCAUAAAAAAGAACAACAAAGUGGCCCCGCUGGACCACAAGGAGGAGCCUCCUGUGACACCAGGUGAGGAAGUAACCCCCCCACGCCAUUUUGGGAAGGGAAGGGCAGGAAUAGGCUAGGGGGGCAGCUCAGGGUAUAGGAUUUGUGGGGGGGGGGGGAAGCUAGUAAGAAAAAAAGUCGAAAGAGCCAGACUGCUGGAUCUGACCCAAGGCUCAUCUGGUCCAGCAUCUGGAAACCCACCCUAGUGGGGUUGAUGAAGAUGCUACUGACUGAGAGAGGAGAGGAAGCAUUUCUAGUGGUUCCAAGAUGGCGAUGGCUUAGCAAGCAGGCUUCGGAGCUCCGCAGAUAACAGGACUGUAAUUAGCGUUGUUCCUCCUGCAGCAGCUAGUCAUGCCCCUGGAGCCCUUGACUGGGACGUGUAUGGCGUCUGAUCCAGCUUUCUCUUUCCUCUGCAGAAGGCAAUAGCCCAACGACACCAGUCCCGUGUUCGGCCAGCACCUGAGGAAGGUAAACGAAUCUCCACACCUUGGGGACUUUUCACUUAGUAGCGUUAUGGUUCCUUCCUGAGAAAGACCUCUCAGGCCUUCUUGCUGUGCCUUGCUGGCCUUUUUCACUUCGCCUCAUAGGCAGGGCCCUGACUGACUCCAGCUACAAAAGCUGAGGUGGCUGAACCCUUGGAUUUGGGUAAUGUUUAGAGGGCUUUCCUGAGAGAGGCUGUUAAUUCAGUUUCUCAUUUCCAUUCUCUUCCAGAGGACAUCAUUACUGAAGAUCUGUAG